GCUGUUUUCUGACGGUUGUGUCUUUUCUGAAAGCAGCGUCUCAUUGAAAUGGAGGACGAAGUUGCAAGACGAGCAGCGGAACAACAACUGGCAGAUACCAUCGCACCGACAUCCACACAAUUAGUCCAACUUGUCAAUAAUGUUAUUCGGUUUAUGAAUGUUGGAGGAUUACCGACAUACAGAUCAUUUGCAAAAAGGUUGGAUGAUGAGUGCGAGAAGGCCGCAGCUCUUCUGCAGGAUGCACCAAAAUCUCAUCCUUCUGUGCAAGCCCUAGAAGCAGCCCUAUCUCUUGCUCAUAACAUAGUCCCAGUGUUGAAAGAACGUGCUAACCACUGGGAGGAAUUUAUGAAAAUAAAAAUGGAAACGCAACUUGAACUGAACAAUUUUCUGAAGCCACUCAAGGAAGUGUUGUCAAAACCAAGAAGAUCUAUCAAUGACGUUAAAAAAGACUUCGAUGUAAUUUCAGGGGAAAGAACAAAGACGAGUACUAUUUACGACAAAGUUCGUAAACUUCAACAGCUAUUUAAUUUUCUCGGUCCUCCUACCGUCUAUGAGGACGUUCAAUUCAUCGACGUUGUACAACAAAUGGAGAAGGAGUAUGAUGAAGCAUUGAAUGAGAUGUCAGCUGAAAUCGAGGACGAGAAUCUGCUCUGUAAGGCAGUAGCUCACUUCAGUAUCCAGAUAAAUUCCAUCUUUGAUCAGCUAUACAAAGAGCGCAGCCAGGAGAAUAUUAAGAAUAUCGAACAGUUCCAACUUCCGGCACUCCGAGCAGAACUAGCGAUGUCGAAGGGGAAAUACGAAGAGGCUAACCAUGCUCGCAAGCAUGUGGACCCAGACUCCUCUCGCAUCACUCUCCUAGAAGAUCGUUUGAAGACUCUUGACUCGAUGCUAGACCAUGCCAAGGACGUCGAAGAUGCAAGUGCUGCCUUUUCAACAACAGCUCAACAGCUUACUCAAGAAAAUUUUUCUCGAGUGAAGGUAUGUUCUUUCGCUUUCAAGUCCCUUGAUGAUGAUCCUCCUCAAAAUUCAUGUAAUGAACCACCCACAAGGAUGAAUGACAGAGCCCCCAUAUCAACUAGAAAACGUCGUCCUGUGAACCGAGUAACUAAAGCAAAUCAGGACCAGGGCUUAUGCAAUACGAAUACCAUCCCGGAGAUUCCUUUGAGUCAAAUCGACGGCAAUCUGGAUGGCACGCUGCUGGGCGAAGGAACAUUCGGUCGAGUAGUCAAAUGUCGAUACUUCGAUAAUUGUGACUUACAAUGGAAAGAGGUCGCCAUCAAGUACGCAAAUCCUGCUUAUCGCAAUGUCUUAGUUCGAGAAGCGAAGAUUUUUUAUACCUAUUUGAACCACAAAAACUGCAUAAAAUUCUUCGGGCUCUACAACUGUCCUCUGAAUGGUACGGGCAUAGUUAUGGAAUUGAUGGAUUGCAGUCUUGCAUGGCUUGUUUCGAACCACUCUAUCAAAUACGAAAUUGAUCACGCUAUUUCUUGGCUUUAUCAGUUGUCAGAUGCAAUGAGUUUUUUUCACAGUAAGGAGCAAGUUCAUAGAGAUUUGAAGCUACAAAAUCUUCUUCUUUGCAAUGGUUAUCACAUCCUGAAGGUCUGUGAUUUUGGUACUUACACUACUUUGCAUGAAUCAAUGACGAUGGAAAAGGGAACACUUAUUACAAUGGCUCCUGAAGUUAUUCGAGCUUCCAAAUACUACGAUGAAAAGUGUGACAUUUACAGUUUUGGCAUCAUCAUGUGGCAAAUUAUCGCUAGGCGGCUUUCUCCGUAUCAACAGGAACGUUAUUAUGUGAUUUUAAAUGUGGCGGAAAACAUACUGCGACCACCGGAACUUUCUUGUGAUCCUCUGCUUUCACGAUUUUACAAAGCGUGCUGGGAUGGCGACCCAGAUGUGCGUCCCAACAGUGAGCAAGUGAAGCAGUAUUUUGCCAUCUUGAAAAAAGCUUUUCCAAAUGACAACCGUGAUCUCAUUGGUACCAACGCAAACGGGCAUGCGGUUAUUUCCCAGCUAAAAUUGGCUACUCCGUUCACACCGCAACAUCGACGAGCUCGAUCAGAUCCCUUCAUCAGUUAUAAUCGACGCUCGUCUCUUCUAUGUGCAGAUUUGGCUUCAGCCGGUAGCAUGGAGGAUGUAUGCCCAAAUCCAGAGAACACUGGUGUUGGUGAUAUAGAACAGGCCCAAAAUGAGAAUGUAGAACAUGAUCUUCCUCCCGGGUUUAUGCGACCAUAUCUGCGAUCUCUUGGCCGAAGAAGGAAUCCAUGGAAUCCACAAGAUCCUUUCCUUCCCAAUCCACUCCUCUUUGUGCAGCGGCUGUUUCCUAACUUGGAGGGCGCGAUUACACGGUACACGAUUGCUAUGCAUAUAUCGUCUGUCCCCCACAAUCCUCAUAAGGUACAUUCGAGUAGAUUUGCCGCUUAA